AUGAGUAAUUUUGGAAUGGAUUAUCAAGGAGGUGACGUUGGAGGCGGCUUUGGUGGUGGCGGUGGUGGUUUCGACGGAGGCGGUGGCUUUGAUCAAGGUUCUUCCCAACAGUCGGCCCAAAAGCCAAAACGAAACUAUGAUGAACAAACUCUCACUCCGAUUACCAUUCACAUGGCGUUGGAAGGUCAUCCAGAUGAGUCUGGUGAUGGCAGUAUCGUCUUGCAAGAUGGACGCAAAUUGAGCAAUGUCGUUGUGAUUGGCUCGGUGCGACAGUUUAUGAACAACUCCACCAAUGUGAGCUACGAUAUUGAAGAUGGAACUGGCUUGAUUACAGUGAAGCAAUUCGUGAAUGAUGAAGACUGCAGCGCCAUUUUGGAAUGCCGAGAAAAGACUUUGGUGGACAGUAUCUACGUCAAAGCCAUUGGUACAGUCAAGGAUUAUGAGGGGAAGAAAAUGCUAAUGGCCAAUUCGGUUCGUCCCUUGUCGACUGGGAACGAAUUGACGCACCACUUCUUGUCGGUGAUACAUAGUGGCAACAAACACAAGACUGCCAGUUCCAUUGUGCCUCCAAUGAGCGUGAUGAGCAAUAUCAAUAAUGGGGUUGGAUUUGGACAAGCCAUUGGCAAUGUUGGGCUCAACAGCAGUGGAACUGGCAACCCAACGCAAGAUAAAGCUCUGGCAAUCAUUAAAGAAAUUGGUGAACGGGAACCAGGAGGGUGUCAUAUCAAUCAAAUUGUGCAGGCGAUGGGCGGAGUACCAGAAGGAGAGGUUCGACAAAUUGUCACGGAGCUUUCGGACAAUGGAGAAAUCUAUUCCACCACUACUGAAGAGCACUUUCAAGUGGCUGCUUAA